AUGGCGAAGUCCCCCAAUGCAGCGCUCUUCUUCCCGAUGUCGUCGUCACCACGCCAGCAACUGACACCAUCAGGGUCAUCGUUGUCGCCGCUACGUCAUCUAGAUGCCGAGCACGUUCGCCGAUUCCUCGAUACGUGGCUUUGGCAUUACACGAUCCUCGGCACCCUCGUCGUCGACUUGGUUGUGCAAAGUGUCGUUUUGCUCGGGUUAGCGCCGCAAGUUUCUCCGUGGGCCAUGUCCCCGUGUGUAUUCUUAGCGGCUAUCGACAUGGUCUUGCGCUGCGGUGUGUGGCGGCGUACGAUGCGCCGGUUCCACUCCGCCUCCGCUGACGCCCUGCUCGGGGUGUGUAUGUUGGUGGUGUGGUUUUGUCGAAUUGUGUGGCCUGUUUCCAACACGGGCACUUCGACCGGUCGCCAACUCGUACCACUUUUGAGCGUGGCCUUGGCUUCGAUGCGACUUGUGUUGAAGCCCCGCGCCAGACAGCUCACCAAGGCGUGUUCACGACAACGUCAGUGUACUAACACGGCGAUAAGACUUCGACCAACCUUUUCCGCGCCAACAGGAGACACUGGUACCAGCAGCGAACAGAAGCCACUCGUGUACUCGACAUGGAACGUCAUACGCAGUACGUUGUCGCACUGGGCCACCCAACGGACGGACCUUGCGUGGUGCAUUGUGGUCAUGUUCAUCAACGCCUCGAUCAAUCCCCUCCAAGCGUACUGCCUCCAGCAUCUCUUGGACCAAGCGUUUCUCGCUGCCACUUCGUCAGCGAAUCCCCAGGUGGCGCUACAUCAUGGCAUGACAGGACUAAUCGUGCUCUGUGUGCCGUUUGGAUUGAGCACGGUCGGCAUUGGGGUGUUCCAGUCGCGAAUGCUGGCCCGUGCCACCGCGCGACUCCACUCCCAGCUGCUCCACGUGGUACUCGCCCAGCCGGCCACGUAUUUCGUCCACGAUGCGAAAGAAGGCGACGUCACGAACGUCUUUGCGAGUGACGUGGCGCGCGUGAAUGCGUUGUGGCAAGGCGUGUUUUGGAACCUCCUGCAUCCGGCGAUUGUCGCUGCUGGGGGGUUUGGCUACCUCUUGGUCUGCGACUUCAACACGGGGUGGCUCGCAUUCUGGGUGGCGAUCGUAUUGGUAUCCAGUGGACCCCAAGGUCGCGCUGCCGCCCACUCGACAACAUUUGGCGCGGCCAACGCCGCCCUCACCGCCUCGUUCCAGGACACGCUCAGCAGUCACGCGACGGUUGUCGUGUACGACAUGCAACCGUCGAUCCAAGCCAAGUUUGACGUCAAUGUGCAAGCGCUGUCGUCCAUCCAAUUCGCCAAAGACCUGUGGGCGACGCUCGUGCAAAUCUACAUUGAAGGAGCCAUGUACACGUUUGUGGCGGUAGUGACGGCUGGCUUGGCGACGAGGGUCGUGGUGGGCCACACGCUGACGGCGGGCGAGUUUGUCUCGUAUGUGGCGUUGCUGGGUCGCAUCUCGUCCCCCAUCACAGUGCUGGGCGGGUUUAUGCGAGUGGCGAUUGGCAACUCUAGUAGCUUGCAGCGCGUCGACGCGCUGCUAGCACUCUCUAGUGACGGCCACGUCAUCACAACGGACGACAUGUCGUUCAAGUCCAUGACCACAGCUACAUCGACCGACUCGAUUUCGGCUGCACACCCGCUGCAAACGGCCCUCACCGCCUCGCACCUUAUUGUCCAAGUCAACCGCACCGUGGUGGUGGCCGACGUUUCGUUUGCUUGUCCACGUGGCACGCUCACGUGCAUCGUUGGUCCGAGCGGCAGCGGCAAGACGUCGGUAUUGCGCUGCCUCAUGCAAACGGGUCCGUCCCAUGCCAGCGGGCACAUUUGGUGGGACGAGUCGCCCCUGACCUUAGCCCACCAAGCGCACGUGGGCGUGGUAUUUCAGCACCCCCGGUUUCUCCACGGAACGAUCCGAGAGAACCUGCGCUACGGCCACCCCCGCGCCUCGGAUGUCGACUGCCACGACGCCGCCGCGAUGGCACACUGCCUGCCGUUUGUGAAUGAACUGCCCAAGGGAUUGGACACGGACAUGGAGAGCGUCCAGUGGAGCGGCGGCCAACUGCAGCGAUUGAGUCUGGCGCGGGCGUUGGUGCGGCGUCCGAGUGUGCUGUUGCUGGACGAAGCCACGAGUGCACUGGACCAGGAAUCGGAACUGGCCGUGGUGGCCACGCUGACGUGGCUAGCCAAGACGCAAGGGACGGUGGUCGUCGCCGUCACACAUCGAUUGGCCACGACCAAAGUGGCCGAUCAAAUUAUCGUGCUACAAGCAGGACGCAUGGUGGAAGUGGGCCGGCAUGCCGACUUGAUGGAACGCCGCGGCAUCUUUUACGACUUGGCCCACGAGAAUGAUGCAAGUAGUCGCAGUAAGAAUGGACACGAGAAGGGCGAUGUGGCCCUGCUCGACGAAGAAGGCGAUGCUGCGGAUGUAGAACUAGGAGACGAAGCGUAUAUGGUGUUGUAA